AUGGCCAUGUCCGAUCUGCUGUUUCGGAUUUUCUUGAUUCCUUUGGAGAUACAAACGCUCUAUAAAGACUCCUGGUUGAUCGGUGGUCCUUUUGGCCAGGUCUUAUGUAAGCUGGUUGCCUUCUUAACAGAAGUUUCCUCUACUGUGUCCUUUCAGAGCCUGGUUCUGAUAGCAGUGGAUCGAUUUGGUGCUGUGGUAUUUCCUCUCCGUUCUCCACUCAUCAGUUCAAAUCUGUGCCUGUUUAUUAUUCUCGCCACUUGGAUCGUCGCGAUAGCUGUUUAUUCCCCAGUUCUCUUCGUCUGCAAAGUUGUUGAACAUCCAGAGAAGCUGGUUUGUCAGCAGAACUGGAAUGAACUUUUUGGAGAAUCCUCAUCCCAUGAGAAUUAUUUCGUGUCCUGUAUAGUUGUAUUCACUUUUAUCCCGUUGGUGUUGAUAACCAUACUUUACGUUACCAUCUUACUAAAGCUCAAGUCACAGAGGAUUCCAGGAGAGCAAUCAGCCAACGCUGGACAACAACGCCAGCAAAGGGAGCGAAAUGUGCUAAAGAUGGCCAUUGCUAUUGUGCUAGGGUUUACAGUUUGGGGUGAAGCGUUACAAAUAAUUGCACGUGCCCAGCAACCGCUGAACCCCUUUUACAUCUUGCGGUGUGGUCAUGUCCUUAAUGGCCCGGACCCGAUCUGGAUGUUGGGUGAUGCCAUUACUGCUAAGGAGAUGGCCCAUCCAGGUAACUUGCCUCACUUUGAACUGCAAUGUUUGGGGGUUUAA